AUGAAGAAGGUUGGGAAAAACAUGGCUCGGUACUUGGGAGACUUUCAGUUUGGGGUGGGGAUGUCAAAUGGUGCAGAGGCGGUGCUUCACAGUGCGAACAGGUUUCUCAACUCCUUUCAUGCUGAUGGUUCCUUAGCCUUGCUUACUGUGGACUUCUCGAAUGCGUUCAACACGAUUGACCACACAACCUUCCUGAAAGAGGUUCAUCAACAUUGCCCGUCAAUCUAUCGAUGGGUUCAAUUCCUGUACGCCCAGCCUGCCCGGUUGUAUGUUGGUAAUGAGUGUAUUGGGGCUACUACUGGAGUGCAACAAGGGGAUCCCUUGGGGCCCCUUCUCUUUUCUCUUGCCUUACACCCACUCAUUCUCAGGGUGCAGGACCGAUGUAACCUCCCGUUUCAUGCUUGGUACUUGGAUGAUGGGACGAUUAUUGGCAAUGCGACGGAGGUUGCUAGGGCCUUAGACAUUAUUAACGAGGAAGGGCCAUCCCUAGGACUUUACCUCAACAUUAAGAAAACAGAGGUAUAUUGGCCGACAUGUGAUGGGCAGAAACUUCAGGACGGGCUUUUCCCGAAAGGGAUUGGCAGACCAGAGAGGGGGGUUAAGCUGCUGGGUGGAGCUGUUAGCCGUGACCCUAGCUUCGUUGGCGAGUUGGCAGGGCGGCGGGCGACGGCGGCGGUUGAACUCAUGAAACUCUUGCCAUGCCUUAGGGACCCUCAAUGUGAACUCCUUCUGCUAAGAUCGUGCAUGGGGGUUGCUAAGUUACUUUUCGGGCUGCGAACUUGUCAACCUUAUUUGAUGGAGGAUGCAUCAUCUCGGUUCGAUGAUGGCCUCCUAGAGGCUAUAGAAGACAUAGUCGUAGGUGGUGGCCCAUUCUUUGGGGACCUCCAAUGGCGUUUGGCAUCCCUGCCAAUGCGUCUAGGUGGUUUGGGUCUGCUCUCAGCUCGAGAUGUCGGGGUUUAUGCUUUUGUGCGUCCAGAGCUCAGUCUUGGGAAUUACAGGAUCAUAUCCUUCGGAACAGUGGGGUUGUCGAGCUCGACGUGGACUAUCUGCAGGCGCUUGAAUGCUUAA